AUGGCUUUUUUUAGAACAAAUAAAAUAGACAAGAAUAGAAAUUUCAAAUGUAUUCUUGAAUGGGAAAAGCACAUUUUAGGUGGCGGCCUGGAGGGAGGGCAGUCGCACGAAAGUGAAGAAGACGAAGGGGAUGAAAGUUAUGAAGUUGGAAGAAAAGACAAAUGGGACCCAAGUGCAGACUCCAGAAGGGAGGAGACGAACGAGCGAAGAGGUAAAGCGAAUGAUGAAGAAGGGUAUAAAGAAUCUCACUCAAGUUGUACUACUACCAAUUCAAUGGAAAAUGAGGAUAACAUGGAAAACAUGACAAAUGUAAAAUGUGAAAGUAACACGCAAGUCGUGGAAGGAGACUUCCUAUGGAGUGUGAUCAGCGCGUUGAACGGGGGGGAAAAAAGUCGAGCAGUGCGCUUAAGGGGUGGAGACAAACAUGCUGAACAGGUCGUACACAAUAUACCCCAAAUUCGCUUAAGUAAAAAAUAUGUUGAUGUGGGGUGCCUCGGUACUUGGAAAUUGUCAAGCAGUAAAAGUAUAUCUGACACAAAAAAAUUAAAAGACAAUAAUGUGAACACAUAUUGGCAGUCCUCCGGCUUAGGACCCCACACAAUCACAAUACAAUUUUUUAAACUUACAAAAAUUUCGAAAAUAUAUUUACUCUUUAAUUAUUUAUUAGACGAAUCUUACACACCUUACGAAAUAUCUAUCAAAGUAGGAAACGAUGAAAAUCGUCUUGAUGUUUUAUGUACCACGUUUUGCGAUGUGAACAAACACCCUGUGGACCAUCCUUUUUGGUUUAUUAUUGACUUGGCAAAUUUUCAACUGCACUCAUACCUUUAUAAUUACAAUAUGAACCCCUUCAAGCGUAUGAAUUUUAUAUACUGUCGUUGCAUACAAAUUUGUGUCAUGUCUAGUCAGCACUACGGGCGUGAUACUCGCAUGCGACAAGUAAAAAUUUUCGGUCCCACCUAUCCUUUUUAUAAGCAUGAUAAAGCUCUCAUUUUGUGA